UUACGACAUUUGGUAACUGAUUACAUUGAAAGUCAGAACAUGCCGGACUUAAAAUUCGAGAGAAGUCAGGAAACGUAGAGAAUUUUGUUCAAAGGUCAAAAUAUGCCGGAUGUUAUGAUUUUAGUAUUCAGGAAACGCGGAAUGUAUUGUUUCGGAGGUCAAAAGCGAUGCGUACUGUCUAAUUUCAAAGACAGGAAAUGACAGACAUUUUACUUAGCAGGUAAGGAAAGGUGGAAAAGUUAGUUUUUAAUUUUGACCCUGAAAACGCGCCAUAAGCACCCACACAUAGAAUUUUAUAUUUGUGUCUGAUCAAAAACUAGUUCUUCGGGGGAUAAAACAAUUCUGCGUGAUUACUGUAAAAAAAGACGAUUAUGGGUGCUGUAAAGAGCGAUUCCUGUUGACACGUCAGUAAAUGCUGAAUUCGUAUUUCUUUUCUCAGCUUGUGGCCUAUGACCUGCGACUCAAUGCAAUAAAAUGCCUUUCAGCUGAUGUCACACAAAUCUUUAAUUGUUUAUAGUCUCUGUCGGAAGUUCUGAGAAAAGCAGUAAAUCGAACAGAUUCAACUUAAAAAAAUCCAUGGACAGUGAAUGUGUGCAUGGCCAUGUUUUGAUGGAAGGCCUGUCGCAAACAUUUCCUCAGUCGCCGUCGUCAUUGUGUAACUUUGCAAAACUAUUGUUUUGAGUUUCCUUCAAUUUGAGAGUAUCUUUCUACCUUCCAAUCAAGCGUGCUUGAUCCAGACUCGAAGAUACUGGCAGAGUGACGCAUAUAACGGCGGCUUCGAUUCACGAUUACCGUAAUGCGUAACCCUGUUACGGGUAUUUUGCUGGUUAUCAAAUAUUUACCAACCCUGCGGGAGCCGAUGUUGACAGGUAUAAGCCAACCUUUUCGUGACCUAAACUGACUCUUUCACUGAGCCUCAAACGAACCAGAAGUGUCACAUCCAAUGAACUUCACUCAUUUGAACUAACCCUCAUGUACGCUCAGCCAAAGAAAGAAACUUCGAUUAUAUUUACCGUGAAUUAAGAAAGGACUGUUUUAGUUUCCAUUAAACGUGUUCCAGACCCCCUUAACCAUCCUCAAUUAAACCAACAAUAGUCCAGUACUGGUCCUCUCCCUCACGCAGCAUCACGCUCGGGAGAGGGUCCUUCUCUACUGAAAUUUUCCUUCUUCUAAAGACUUUUAAUUCACCAAAAAAACUCUUGCACGCCUUGCGUGCCUAUGUUUUACAUACCUUCGUAUGUUGUUAUCACAAGUGGAUCAUGAAAACCAAGAAAAAUAAUCCCGCAAGGCAGUUAUUUUCUCGUCAGUUCCGCCGAUUUUUUUUUUUGCAUUUGUUAUUCAUCUCGCUCCCGCAAAAGGAACACUCAUGAUUGUCAGUCAUCACCGAUUUUGCUUGAUUUGGUCGAUGAACUUGACGUCCUCUUUCAGAUUCCACAGCGAUAUUUCAGAUUCCACAUUCGCAGUUAUUUAGACCGGAUACUCUGACCUUGAAAGCGAGGACAAGUAUUCAGGCCACAGGAAGUGGUCAGCAACUUAUCUCGCCCCGAAGAAAAAAAGGAAUGUAGUAAAUACUGUGACACAGGAUAUUUAAGAUAUCUAUUUCGUAGAAUGUACGAGAUGCGGUGAAAUUUGCAUCACGCAUGAGUCCCUCAUGACAUUCUCUUUAUGCAAAUAACAAAACAUUACCAUGGAUUACUAUGAUUACCGCGAGGUCAGAAGUUUCCUUCCUGGAGUGUCCAUUUUCCAGAUGUCUUAUUUGUGCUCAACAUAACUACCCAACCGUGUCGACGUCAGUAGCAGUAUUGAAUAACAGUUCAAAGUUCGCAACGCUUCAAUGAGAAGAAACUUGGUCAUACUUCAGUUUACUUUCACACUGUACUCACCACGAGUCACACUACGGUCGGUCUGACGGCUACUACGGAUACCAUCUUUAGCAAGUCCAGCUGAUACCGCAGUCAAUAGUCGCAAACGAAUGCUCCAAGGUAAAAGUUAGACAUUUUAUCGGCGAUAAACUGAAACGCAACCUUCACACUAUGUCAUCUUGGACCGUCGACUGUCGCGAUGUUCUCACGCCAGUUCACAAUGGCGACACAAAUAACGACCGAAGCACACGUAAACCUUCCAUCAACGGUUCUAUCCCUACCGGUCUUAUUAAUCAAGUUUUGCCUGAUGAUUCUGGAUCGACAAUCAACAGGUACUCAAGCGAUGAUCCUCUAUGGCAUGAGGUGGCCAAACGAUAUCAACAGAUCAUCGAUAAAGACUUCAAACUGCGUAGCCAGUUUCCGGUCUACUAUGACGGUCAAAUGAUUCCCCUGACUACUCCCGUGAAAGUAACAGUGAAUACUCUGUCUAGUCUAAAGGAAGGUGGCAAGCAAAAGGGAGCGUCGACAUGCAAGUCAUCGGAAAAAUAUGCGGAAACAGGUAGCAUCUCGGCAAAUGAACGCGGAUAUGGCAGCAUUUUAACUGAGAAAACGGAGAACGAUCACCUUCCUAAAAUUGUGGAAGUCUAUAGCUUGAAUUCCCUCAAUUCAAAUGCACAAGAACCUGGGCUAAAGACCAGCACCCAAGGUAGGCUCUCCUGUAAGAAUGAAGAAACAUUUGCAAGGAAGAGUGACAUGUCUAACAAACAGCCUUCGAAAAGUUUACUUCAAGAUGUCAACACAUGCACUCACAGUUCGCAGAUGAAGCCUUAUUUGGUAUCGGAUAACUUUAUAGACCUUACAAUUGGCGACGAAGAAGAAAUAAAGUCAUGCAAUGACGAUGACAUAGCAAGACCAGGCGGUGAAGGUAUGUGUGGGAGAGACGUGAAUGCAGGUGACCAGAGUGAGUUUGAUCCACCCAUGGAGGACACAGGUGAUAAAGAAAGAAAAAAUAAGAAAAGUAACCAGCAUAAACGUAAGGGUGUUUUUGGCAGUGGAAGGAAAGGUAAAAGAAAAUGCCCAGCACAAAACCAAAACCAAAAAAAUACCAGUAAAAGUCUGAAUGUAGGUUGGGACUGUAAUGGCUGUAACUCCGACAGUCUCAUCCAAGGUGACCAAGACAAAACUCAGUGCAGCGUCUUAAAUGACCAACAAAACAACAAUCAAGGCAAUGGUGAACAAAAAUUAAAUGACCUAAACAAUGACAACGACUGUGGGAAAGAAGAAAAGAACAGCACCGUAAAAACAGAAGAAAGAAAAGAACAUUGGAACGGCAAUAGGAUUAACGGUGGUGUUCAUAUUUCAUCAGAUAUGACUUAUCGAGAGAAUAAGAUAACGACUCUUAAGGCCAGACUAGCGAAGCAAGAAGAAGAACUGGUUAGGCUAAGAACACAGAAAGAAAGUAAUAUGGCAAAGGUCAUGAGCAUGGAAGCACCAGAUCAAGAUGUUAGACAGGAAAAAGUAGAAUCAGAGGCCAACGAUUGGAGUUAUGAAGUUCACGAGAGGCAGGAAGCGACAAAAGAUGAUCAUGUAGAGGUGAAUCUGGAUGACAUCUGCCAACACGUGAUAAAAUCAUUUGAUAUUUUUAACGCUCGCCAGUGGGAGAGUAAGACGAGAAAAAAGGAAGGAUUUCAUACGCUUUACGAAGAAAACACUGGUAUCAUAAAACAAGCUAACGAAAGAAAGUCAGAUUGUAAUGACGUGGCUUAUCUGCCGCAAGGGAGACAAGAGGAAUUUUUGUUUGAAAUUGGUUUAAGAAGGACUGAGAAGACCUAGUAACACUUAAUUUCUCAUUUGUGCAACAUGAUAUACUGUGGCUCUCUGCUUUCGAAUCGUACAAACGAUGAUAGGCCUGUAGUGACCCAAGGAAUAGACAUACAACAAAGCCCAUUACCUUCCUCCGGUCUAGGCCAGCCCCCCAGAGUUAUAAUUAUAAGGCUAGUUUCGUUAUCAAUGCAUUUCAGUGCUUCUUAUUUUCAACAAAGAAAUGCGUCGUUUCCAAACAUGUCAAUCACUCUGGUUCGCUUCAGUUUUGCGCUUAGAGGUAUGUUAUGUGUGAUCCCAAUGACAAUGAAGUUCUUGUUUCUUUAAGCAUUAUUUAAUUUUACAGCAUAGGAAGAAAUAGAGGAUAUUACAUGCCCGCGGGUGGAUAC